AUGGGAUCUAACACCGCCAAACGUCUCAACGUGAAAGAGUUUGGGUUGACGGAAGUUUACCGCUGUGCCGAACCGUUGGUACCACAGGUCGACAUAGUCUUUGUCCACGGCCUUAACGGUACUUCCUACAACACAUGGGCAACCAAGAAGCCCGAAGUUUUCUGGCCUGGCGACCUUCUUCCUCAUACCUUGAAAGGUCAAAAUGUACGGAUUUUGACUUACGGUUACGAUGCGAAUGUCACUUCUUUCGCAAGGGGCACGUCGAAGGAAAGACUACACAACCAUGCCGAGCAUCUGGCGGGUCAGCUCAUUGCAAAUAGAAAUCUGCAAGAUGCGGUCGAGCGGCCAAUUAUCUUCGUAUGCCACUCUCUCGGUGGUAUCGUAGUAAAGAAAACUCUUCUAUACUGUGAACAUCUCAGACACCCGAGAACCCAACACAUUCGAUCAACAUACGUCUCUACCUAUGCCAUACUGUUCAUGGGAACCCCUCACAACGGGUCUGAUCUGGCGAACCUGGGAACCGCGAUACAGACUAUAUUCAGUCUCGUGCCAAGAAAACUUUUCGAUACGACGCCGACUCUGCUGAAGACCCUGAGGCCUGACAAUGAGAUUUUGCAAAACGUUAACCGCCAGUUCGCGGAGAUAAUGGGGAGGUACCGCAUAUAUUUUUUUCAUGAGUCGAAACCAAUGGACUUGAAAGGCACUCGAAAGUUCAUUGUGGAGGAAUCUUCUGCUGCGCCAGUAAUCGAGGGGGUGGAGCGCAUGGGAAUCGAGGCAGAUCACAGUUCCAUGUGUCGGUUCGAAAGCGAAAAGUCUCCAGGCUAUGAAGCUGUGGCAGAAGCUAUCCUUCGCUAUACCAGAGAGGCACCAGGUGAAAUCGCCAAUAGAUGGGCACAAGAACACCGAGCUCGGAGAAAUAAUAUGAGGGAGGAAGCUGAACGUCUUCGACAGAAUUCAGAGUUGAUACCCAUCACAAGAUCGCAAUUGAUGUCUAGCGCCGAACUGCCCCCACCACAGGAGACUGGGGAACCUCUCCUUGUUGCCCCCCCAGGUUUUCACCCAAACUCAAUAUUCGUUGGCAUGGAAAAGGAGCUCGAAGAACUCCACAAUCGACUCUUCAGGAUGAAAAAGAGAGCGGAAGAUGUCGUUUCCGUCCUUAUAUAUGGUGGGUCGGGAUCAGGAAAGACACACCUUGCCCGCCAGUACGUUUUCAAACAGCGCACUACGUACACCGGUGGCAUCUUUUGGAUUGAUGCAAGAUCCCGGGAAUCAUGCUGCCAAUGUUUUUGGGACAUUGCCGAGAGGGUAUCCUCAACACUGCAGAACGAGACCCCGGACCCUGACUGGCGCGACAGGGACAAGUAUAUUAGCAAAGUAUUGAAGUGGUUCAGCUCGAAGCAAAAUUGGCUUGUGGUCUUCGAUGGCGUAUCUUGUGAUGACGAUGACGAAAUCAACGGGUUCAAGACCUUCAUUCCAUAUAAUACAAAUUCGAGUAUUAUAUAUACUUCUGUCGAUCGCACACUCAGGAAGAAGAGAAGAUUGUUCGAGCCUUUUGGUCUGAAAGUUAGACCCCUGUCUGUUGAAGAUGCCAGGAAACUCCUUUUCAAGGACCUCAACAUCAAACAGCCGACUGCAGAACAGGUGCGGAAAGCAACAGAGUUGGUGGAACAUUUUGAGUGCUUACCACUUGCCAUUCAUGCUAUGGGACAUCGCCUCAGUGCAACUGGGAAAGCAAUCGAAAAGUUCCGUAUCAAACCUCAAACCACAGACAAACGACUCGCGGAACCAUACCGUGGAAUAAUGGCCGACCUACAAAACAACCAACACAUGGAGGCAGUCAAUUUGAUUACGGUUCUCUCCUUUUUCGGACACGACGUUCCUGUUGGCAUGAUCCAUUUGGGCCGGAAAGCUCUCUUCGAAUGCGGUGUCGAAAUUCGCGCCCCCGAGGAGGAUGGAAGUUCUGGAAGACACAUAGAUAACACCUUCGCCAUACUAAUUCGAUAUGGUUUGCUCGAGCGAGCGCUCGACCCUUAUUUUUUGAAUGAACAAAGUCCCAUUAUUCGACGGAGCACGGAAUUGUCUGAUAGCCAACCUACUUCAGAACUAGACAGUUCCCAAACGAGUGGUAGCCAAAACACAUCAUCGAUCAGGGGAAAUAGUUCCAUCGACGUUGUCAAAAUACACACCGUGGUGCAGACAUUUUUCCGUGAUGAACUCUCGCGACUCGGAGUUGGGGCGUUCGCUUGGUGGCUUAUUGUAUCGACAAGGCUUUUCUUGACGUCGUAUGCCAAUGCCACUGCCAGAAUAAGAACUCAACAGGCUCCUGGCCUCGUUAAGGACUUCGGGCAAUAUGAAACGCAUGCGAGCGUUCUUCUAGGCUUCUAUAAACAACUUCGACCCCAUAAGGGUAACCCAGACCUACCCCCCGAUUUGGUGCCAUUAAACCACGCACUUUCUCAAGUGAAAAAUGGUAUCUCGGAAGAAAUUAAACACCGGUCGCCAGUUGCGUCGCAGCAAUUAAUUAAACAGCAGAAAUCUAUUUUCGACCGAACUAGUAGCACAUCCUCCAUGCCAGAUACGCCAACCAGUGGGUCUUCCCGGUUUACCUGGGAAAUGGAUGUGGACCAUGAAAAGACCCAUUCGCCAAUUGAAUAUAUCUCUUCUCGUCAAUCAACACAACACUUUCCAUCUACUAUUUCGCAGAAUUUACCACUACCUGUUGCGGAGGAUCAGGGAUAUGAGUCCGAUUUAGAGGGUAGCCGGACUGCUCCUGCCAUGUCGCCGGUUCCAUCCCAGACCACUGAGGUACCAACAUCUCCAACUGUUGGACAAGAGGAAGGUGAUUGGAAGGUCGUUGCGAAGCCAACGAAGCCGAAAAGCCAGAGCUUCUUGGGGUCAGUGACGUCUCGUUUAGGAAUCAGGAGAAUACGUGGCCAAAGAAAUUUGGGAAGUUACAGACCUGUUCACCCUGUUGUGUCCGUUUCUGGAGUCCACGGCCAGGGGUCAUCGAGUCGACUGAAAAUCAACAAUAGAAAACAGGAAUCUCCGGCUAGAUCGCACGCUGAAGCAUCUCUUGCUGCCAUGCAUCAGGCGAGUGCCGCGAGUGCCACAUCUCGUGGUGAGGGAGUAAGGAAUAUGAAUUUUAAAGCAACCCAGAAAGAGAAUGCUCCAACUUAUGCAAAUGUUGUCGCAGGAAAACGCCCAAGUGCCUCUUCAUCCCCUAUCCGAUUUUCUCCACCCAUAAGUUGGGGAUCAGAUAAUCAGCAUGUCGAAAACCCAGUUGCAGUACAUCCUAGAAGUGCACCGUCCCAUCAUGGCUGGUCUCCCAGGUCAUCAUCCGACCAAUUGACCAACUCAUACCACAGUGAGUUUGGUACGGGAUCGUCAUGGAAACGCCCGGAAAUUGAACGUGUUGCCACUCCCCCAUCACGCUUUCAUUCCCGUCACCCGUCGCACUCAUCAGAAGGAUCGAGUGGAAACAUUCUAGGGCUUCAAGACGCUACUCCACAACACUUACUGACAGCACCCGCCAGUCGACCCUUGCCAUACGAAGCUGAUAUAGCAAUAACCAGGCCGCGAUACUCAAGCGUCGUUGUCCCGCCCCCAGCCACUCAAGGCCUUGGAGUUGCAUCAUAUCCGAAUGCUGGGGCCUAUGGCAAUUCUAUGGGGCAACCAAUUCCAACUGGCUAUUCAUCUCAGCCCAUGUCUCGAAAUGGGUCUGCUCAAUCGAGCCAGUCCCUUCAUACCGAGCCAACAAGAAUUCCCCCUAAAUUUUCACCUGGCCUGGGGAAAAGGCGUUCUUCUCCCCUUGUUAACUUUGCUCAGUCUGACGUUUCCAGACUUGAUACCCGUUCUCCCCAAAUGAUAUACGGGCGCGGCGGUGGAACUGCCAUCGUGUCUAGUCCAAGCAGCCCGAAUUCAUUCGAGGCUACUGCAAUGUCCCGUGCAUCUUCAGGCCCAGGUAUGAUGGUAGACUCUGGAGAUGGUGUGACACGAAGCUUUGUAGAGAUCAGCCGUCGCCCUUCAAUGCAGCAUAUCAGGUUCGGGGAACAUGAACCCAUAAACAUUGCGGAUGCACGGAUGCGAUCAGGGGUGUAUGAAAACCCGACCUAUGCAGGCCAAGGCGUCGGUGCAGCCUUGAAACGUUCAACCAGUCCUCCCUACCCUGACCAGAAUCUGAUGCCUAGUGCAAGUGACGAUAACAAAUUGCAAUCUUUGAUCGGCGGCCCACUAGAAAACAUUGGUAAUUUCCCGGUUCGUCGUCGAUUUAGAAGCGGGAGUUCACCUGCUCGACCAGAUAUGGAUGGCUACCUCCACCGUCAAUGA